AUGGUGCCUCCUAACUCGUCGGCCUACAAAUGCCAUCAAGCAGCAUUGCUCGAAAAGGAAGGCUGUCCCGGUAAGAUUGAUAAGGUAGUGAAUGACGAUACCAAGCUAUCGAUUUCCUUUAAUGUGAAGCAGUUCAAGCCAGAAGAAUUGUCAGUAAAUCUGGAUGGAAGAACACUCAAGAUCGAAGGCAAGCAGGAGAUCAAGGAAAGGAAUGGAUACACCAUGAGAACGUUUGUUCGACAAUGGAGGCUCCCCAAAGAUAUUGAACAGUUAAAAUCCACUCUCACCGAAGAUGGCCACCUUGUCGUUAAAGCACCAAAAAUAACGAAAAGGUCACUCACCUCAAGGAUCAUCGAGAUCUAG